UCAGUGACGUGGCGCGUUUUGGUCACCUGACUAUAGUGACGUGUAACUGAGCAUGUAAGCAGGAAGAGCCUGACCAAGUUUCAAGAUGCUAGCCGAUACCAACGAUGAAGACGUGUCUCUGUUUGAUGCUGAGGAUGACGCAGGGAAAAGGUCGAAGAAGUCAGGCGUUAAGCAUCCAGUAGCGGCCUUCUUCCACCUCUUCUUCAGAGUCAUUGCCAUCAUCGUGUACCUGCUCGCUGAGCUCAUCAGCGGGAGCUUCAUCGCCUGCAUGGUCACAAUAAUCCUUCUGCUCUCAUGUGACUUCUGGACAGUAAAGAACAUCACUGGGAGGUUGAUGGUUGGUCUGCGGUGGUGGAAUCAGGUGGAUGACGAUGGACGAAGCCACUGGGUGUUUGAGUCGAGGAAGGGUACAGGGAAGCAGCAAGCAUCAGAUUCAGAGUCCAGGAUAUUCUGGCUCGGACUGAUUGUUUGCCCCGUCCUCUGGGUCAUCUUUGUCUUUAGCACCCUGUUUUCAUUCAGGAUUAAAUGGAUGCCCGUCGUGAUCAUGGGCGUCGUGCUGCAAGGCGCCAACCUAUACGGAUACGUGAGGUGCAAAGUGGGAGGGAAGACCAGCUUAAAGAACAUGGCUACCAAUUAUUUUGGACGACAGUUCCUCAAACAGACGCUGUCUAAGGAAGAGGAAUCGUAGAGUGCAGCUCUGCGGCGUUAACACAUCUGCAUUAUUCUCAAUGCUCUGAUAUAUAAACCUUCUUUUUCUCAGUGGACAUGGGCAGGAAAGCGUUCUCAGAACUGGAAAGGGCAGUUUUUAAUUAUGUGCUUUCUUUAAAUGACUCAGUAGAGUUGUCUUUAUCUUCCACACAGAGGUCAGAGGUGUGUUUUCACUACCUGAGGUCCAGCAAUAAAUCCUCUGAUUACCGAGAACUGCAUGAGUGUAAAACAGCUGAGUGACUGUAGUUUGUGUCGUAGUCUCACAGCUCCCUCAGAUUUCUUCUUUUAGUUAGAUUUCAUUGUCUCUAAUAACUUUAUAAAUUAACAGUAAUUAAAGAACCUUUGAGAGAUGUCGUACAGACAUUUUGGUUUGUAUGAAAGUGUGUAAAGUGUAACAGGAGAUUUGUAAAUAUGUAAGUGAACAAACUGUGUGAAGCAUCUUCUUUUGUGCAAAUACAUUUGUAACAUUUUUCCGAA